AUGAUCCAACUGAAUCCAAGUGAAUAUAAAUGUUUUGAUCAUCGGUACAAGAUUCGGAUGAUCUCGCGCGAACCAUUGAUUAUCUAUAUUGAAAAAUUUCUCGUUCCGUAUGAAAUUCGACAUUUGAUCGAAUUAGCAGCGCCGCAUUUCGCUCCAUCAUUAACGCACGAUGACGAUAAGGCAAAACUUGUUAGAAGUGACUAUCGGACAUCGUGGACAGCAUAUAUUGACCGUCAGGAAACACCUAUCGUCAAAUGUAUCGAAGAUCGAUUUGCUCGAUUUCAAGGAAAUGUUGACUCUGGAUAUCUGGAAACAUUACAAGUUGUAAGAUACGCAGCUGAUCAGGAGUAUAAACCUCAUUUUGAUUGGUUCCCUGAAGAAGAGAUAGUCAAGCAUGGGAGUCAAAGAAUAACAACAUUUUUUACAUAUCUGUAUUCAAACUGUUCAGAAGGCGAAACGGAGUUUGUUAAUAUCAUCUUUAAUCGAUCGAUACAUAGAAAAUUUUGUGAUAUUCUGGUAUGCGAUGAAACUUCCAACGAAACUGGCAUUCGAUUCCGUCCCAUUUCUGGAAAUAGUGUUUUUUGGUACAAUAUUGAUAAACAGGGUCAAGUAGAUUACUAUACGCAUCAUGCCGGUCGACCACCAAAAGCCGACGGACUGAAAAUAGGAUUGAAUACCUGGACACGUUCCAAAUACGUACCGACGAAAUUGAGGAAAGAUGUUGACAUUCCAAAGUUCGAACCUGUCACAUGA